UUUUGUCCGAGCUGAAAUGAAGAAAAACUGUCCACCACCGCAGAGAGAAGAUGGAUCCAAAAGCAUCACCGGUUCAAUUAGUCAGAAGGUCAACCCAUUUUCUGGAAAGGCAAAACCUUUGGAUCGACCAGCACAAAGUCCUUUGAAUAAGAAUAGGAGACCUCAAGUCGAGAAAAGCAGCCUGCAAGUACACCCGCGGAAUAUCUCCAAUCUAUCCUUUGCCAGGCAGAAAAAUCUGCUUCUCGAGAAGGCUAAGGCUUUGGAUCGACCAAUACCCGAUUGUGCAGCUGCCGACAUCAGAGGAACUGAAGUUGUGAUCAACACUCUACCAGUUCAGCUCAAACGUGUUCCAUCCAACAGUAUCACAGAUUCCUCUGGUAACAAGGUGAACCCCUUUUCCCAGAGAGCUAAAUUCGUUACAAAACCAUCACACAUCCCUGUUGCCAAGUUUGCUCAAACUCAAACUGUGAUGAUUGAUGCUGCAUUCAAGACUGGAGAGAUCAGUCCGUGUUCGGAGAAAGCCAGAGGUAUGGUCAGUCGAACGCCAUUUGAUAAAUGA